GAGUCCUUAGGUCCCCGCCCGCAGAGAACACCCUGCGACAGGUGAACACAACUCAGCGGAGCGCGCUCAGGCCCCAGAGUCCCCACCAUGGGCAACAGCGCGGGUCGCAGCGACUUCGAGUGGGUCUACAGUGACCAGCCGCACACGCAGAGGCGCAAGGAGAUGCUCGCCAAGUACCCAGCCAUCAAGUCCCUGAUGCGACCAGACCCUCACCUCAAAUGGACAGUGCUGGGAAUGGUGUUGGUGCAGUUGCUGGCCUGCUGGCUGGUGCGGGGGCUCUCUUGGCGAUGGCUGCUGUUCUGGUCAUAUGCCUUUGGUGGCUGCAUCAAUCAUUCGCUGACUCUGGCCAUCCAUGACAUCUCGCACAAUACUGCCUUUGGCACAAACUUUGCCUCCCGAAACCGCUGGUUUGCCAUCUUUGCUAAUCUGCCCAUCGGCAUACCCUAUGCCACAUCCUUCAAAAAGUACCACGUGGACCACCAUCGUUACCUGGGCGGCGACGGGCUGGAUGUGGACAUCCCCACGAACUUUGAAGGCUGGUUCUUCUGUACACCGGCCCGCAAGCUACUCUGGCUGGCACUACAACCCUUCUUCUACUCGCUGCGGCCACUCUAUGUGCACCCCAAGGCAGUGACCCGUAUGGAGAUACUCAAUACCCUGGUGCAGCUGGCAGUCGACAUGACCAUUUUUGCCCUCUGGGGGAUCAAACCCAUAGUUUACCUUCUAGCCAGCUCCUUCCUGGGCUUGGGCCUACACCCUAUCUCUGGCCACUUUGUGGCUGAGCAUUACAUGUUCCUGAAGGGCCAUGAGACUUACUCCUACUAUGGACCCCUCAAUUGGAUCACCUUCAAUGUGGGCUACCAUAUGGAGCAUCACGACUUCCCCAGCAUCCCUGGCUGCUACCUGCCACUGGUGCGGAAGAUUGCCCCCGAGUACUAUGCACACCUGCCCCAGCACCACUCGUGGGUGAAGGUGCUCUGGGACUUUGUGUUUGAGGACUCCCUGGGACCCUACUCCAGGAUUAAGCGCAAGUGUAAACUGGCAGAGGACCGCCUGUGAGCCCUGCCAGCCUGCAGCCCCGAGCGAGCAGCCUCAUGUCUCACACUCACAUCUCCUCCCUCCGUGGGCCAGGGCCACAGAACUGUCCGCCUCCAUCAGCUCCUGCAGUCCACGCUGCUUCUGGCCCUGCUGGGCUCAGCAACAGGGGACACAGGCUGUGGGUGGAGUCACCAGGCUUACCUAAUCUCUGUGCCUAUGGUCCCAUGGAGCUGGCUUCUCUGUUCUUGUGCCCUAAAUUAAACCUAACGUUUGUCUGUA